AUUUUCUUUCUUCCUUCCAUUUUCUUCCACUCUCUCUGGUUUCUCAUCACCGUAUCGUUUGCUCUGACCAUGACGGGAACAACCACAACAACGACACCCCCCUCCGCUUCCAACAAAAUGACCAAGCAUAACAAGAAACGAGGACCCAAGCCCAAGAUGACCAAGGAAGAACGGCGCGCCAAAUACACGCAAUUGGCGCGAGAUCGAGAAACCCGUCGGCGCAAAAAGCUCCAACACGCAAAUGUCAUUUGUUACAAUUGUCGAGAACGAGGCCAUGCCGUGGCCGAUUGUCCCAAUAACACUGGAGAACGCAAGAAGACCCAAUCGACUAUUUGUUUCAAGUGCGGAUCGACCGAACAUUCCCUCAGUCAGUGUCCCAAACGACAAAACAGCAACAGUAGUGAUCUUCCCUUUUGCCAUUGCUUUAUUUGUCAUCAAACGGGACACCUCAGUUCCAAAUGUCCACAAAAUGAAAAGGGAAUCUUUGUCAAUGGGGGAGCUUGUAAAAAGUGUGGAUCCAAGCAACACACGUCGAAACAGUGUCCCGAGAAUCAAGACAACAACAACAAGAAAAAGGAGAAAUCCGUCACGGGACUACCCGAAAUAAAUCCACAAUCGUUAAUGGAAGGGAAAGGGGAUGAUUUGGCCGGAAUUAGUGAGGAACCAACAACAACCACUGAUACUACGGACAAGCCAGAAAAGAAGCAACAAAAGAAGAAACGGCGCGUGGUCAAGUUUUAACCUAGAGAGGGCUCAUUGAACUAAGAACAUUCAGGAUGAUCCCUCUGCUCACUCCGAGACAAGCUUGAAAUGUCCAUCAUGGACUAGAUGGAGACGACCGUUGAUACUUUCCUUUUAGACUGAAAUAUUAGAAGAAGUGCCAAUAGAAGAACAAAACAAGAGACGCCCAAGGGAAGAAGCUGGUUGCUGGCAAGAGAAAUGCUACAACUAUCAAGCAAAGCUUCUGUUCUGUUGUUGCAGGCCACACAAAGUCGAAAGACAACAGCACACGCAUGGUACCGAUAGAAGUAUACAAUGUACCGUAGCGGAAAUGCCUCUUCCCUCAAGCAUGUACUCAGAAUCUCCUCCAAUGGGGCUUUGCUGAUACGAACUAACUGUGUGCCUCUUGUGGUCCUGUUGUUCUUAUGCUUUACAUUGACUUUGCUAAACGAAUUAUUCUAAAUUGCGAGGAUGGUCGUUUU